AUGACGCUGCUGCGCCCGUUCCAGUCUGGCCUCCUCCGCCAGGGGGCUGUUCGCACCAUGGGAGGCUUGGGAGCUAUUGCGAAACCCGCCGCUCGCUAUGCCCAAACUCGAUCCUUCGUCGCCAGCAGCGUCCGGCGCGACAGCGAAGCACAGCCCAAGGAGUCUCUAGCAUCAGCUUCUGAAAUGCACGAUAAGCUCCCAGUGCCCUAUGGCCCCAACCAGCUCCCUCCCUUCUUGCCAAACCCCCGCAACGGAAACUACUUCACCGUCGAUAACCCCAACCGGGUGCUGGAAUGCAUCAGGCCCCUUGCUCCUAACCAUAGGUACAAGGGUAGGAGUUUUUCGAACAUUUGGCUGCGUGACAACUGCCGCUGCGAGCAGUGCGUCUACCCUCCAACCCGGCAACGGUUGGCGAACACCUUCGACAUCCCUGAUGAUAUCCACGCCCUUCGGCACAGUGAGUCUGUCCAGGGUGUCCACAUCGAAUGGUCCGAUGGUCACACGAGCUUCUACGAGUGGGAAUUUCUCCGUUGGUGGAUGAUGUUCACCAGCCGCGAGGCAUACAACCAGCCUCCGAGGUAUCUUUGGGGCUCCGAGAUCGCCCAACACCCUCCGACGGUCGACUACCAGGCGGCCAUGACGACUGAAGCUGGCGUUGCCCAGAUGACAGACAAGAUCGUCAAAUACGGCUUCGUCUUCGUCAAAAACGUGCCCUACGACAACCCCGACUACACCCGCCAACUCCUCGAGCGCAUAGGACCCAUCCGCCAAACCCACUAUGGUGGCUUCUACGACUUCAUCCCCGACAUGGCCAAAGCCGACACCGCCUACACCAAUUACGCUAUCCCGGCCCACACCGACACGACUUACUUCUCCGACCCGGCCGGCCUGCAGUCCUUCCAUCUGCUCGAGCACAAGCCCGCCCCGGGAGAAACAGAAGCGGUCGGCGGCGAGUCUUUGUUGGUGGAUGGCUUCAAAGUGGCCGAGCUGCUCCGCAACUUCAAGCUCGACUAUUAUUAUCAUCUUGCCAAGAUGCCCGUCAUGUGGCACUGCAGCGGGAACGAUGGCGUCACGAUCCGGCCGUACAAGCUCUUCCCCGUGAUCGAGGAGGACAAGUUCCUGCGCAUUCCGAUCCGCAUCCGCUGGAACACGGCCGACCGGGGCGUCCUGCCGUACACCUCGUCGUGGCGGAGCCAGAAGGAUUGGUGGCGGGCGGCGAAGAAGUUCGAUGAGUUGUUGAAGGAUCCCGCGAAUGAGUAUAAGUUCCAGUUGAAACCAGGGACGGUGUUGAUCUUCAAUAACUGGCGAGUAUUGCAUGGUAGGACCGCGUUUACCGGGAUUAGGAGGAUUUGUGGUGGCUACAUCAACUUCGACGACUUCAUGUCCACCUGGAGGAAUACCAACUUCAAGCAGGAGGUUGUUCUGAGGGAUGUCAUUGGUUAA